AUGACCUCCCAUACCACUCUGCAUCGAACCAUUUCCUUCACCCCCGAUGCCAAACUUGCUCCGCCAGAGAACUCGAGUAUGAGCUCAACAACCAAGACAGGCAGAAGGCGGAGAUCCAGCAGUAUAAUAUACCAGGAGCCCCCAGAGACGGUCGAACAGAUCAGCGACCAGGCCGUUAACCCGAACCUCAAUUCGCAAUGGGUCAAUGCAAAAGGCGCCUGGACGAUUCACCCUGUCAUAAUAAUCGGUCUCAAGAUCUUCUUUGAUAUCAUCCCAGGUGUCACUCAGGAGAUCUCCUGGACCCUCACCAACAUCACAUAUAUGACAGGCUCGUAUCUGAUGUUUCACUGGGUCAGAGGUGUACCAUUCGAGUUCAACGCUGGAGCCUAUGAUCACCUAAACAUGUGGGAGCAAAUCGACAACGGGGACCAGUACACGCCGGCGAAGAAGUUUCUACUGACGGUACCUAUUGUGCUGUUCCUGUUGAGUACUCAUUAUACACACUACGACCUCACCUACUUCAUCAUCAACUUUUUAGCGCUGAUGGCUGUUGUGAUACCAAAAUUACCAUUGGCACAUAGAAUGAGAUUUGCACCCUUUUCCGGAGCACCACCAGACGAUUAA